UUCCAAAAACGCAAAAAGCAAAGUUCUGCAAACUGAAGAUAUGCAUGUUGAUACUGCCAUCAAAGAAUUGGAACGUCUUCUUUCAUUUCUUCAAAAGUUUAGAGAAACUGGAUUUGAGGAGUCCUUGAUUGAAGCUAAAGAGAUUGCAAGUGAGAUGGGGAUUGAACCGGUAUUCAUGGAAAAACGGACAAUUCACAAAAAGAGACAAUUUGGUGAAAGCUCUAGCGAAGCGGUGACACAAUCAGCUGCAGAAUCCUUUAAAGUCAAUUAUUUCCUCUACAUAGUUGAUCAAGCUAUUUCCUCAUUCAAAACCAGGUUUGAGCAAUUUAAGACUUUUGAAGAGAAUUUUGGGCUUUUGUUUGAUUUGGACAAGUUAAGGUCUGCAGAUAGAGAUAGUUUGAAGAGUUUUUGUGCUAACCUAACAAAUUUAUUGAAGCAUGGCGAGAUUUCUGAUCUUAAUGAAGAUGAUCUAUAUCAUGACUUACGAAUGUUGAGUGAAGAUUUACCCAAUGAAACAAAAAGAGCUAUUGAUGUGUUGAAUUACAUAAAAGAAGUUGAUGGCUGUUAUCCAAAUGCUUGGAUUGCUUAUAGGAUUUUGCUAACUAUACCAGUCACAGUUGCCUCUGCAGAAAGAAGUUUUUCAAAGUUGAAAUUGAUCAAAUCUUACCUUCGGUCUACUAUGUCACAAGAGAGAUUGAGUGGUUUGGCUAUGAUAUCUAUUGAAAAAGAUAUUGUUGGAAAACUUGAUUAUGUAAAUUUGAUUAGUACCUUUGCAUCUAAAAAUGCAAGACGAGUCAUAUUUCAGUGA